UCCGGCUCUUUGGCUCUGUCUCGUUCACCGCACUGAGUGACUGGAGUCAGAGAGGAGCCGCUGGUGAGGAGCCGCUGGUGAGGAGCCGCUGGUGAGGAGCCGUUGGUGAGGAGCCGUUGGUGAGGAGCCGCUGGUGGUGAUUACCCAGCAUGCCGCAGAGGAAGAGGAGUUUCACUUUUGGAGCAUACGGCGGGGUGGAUAAAACCUUCUCUAAGGCCCGGAGUCGAUGGAAACAGGAUGGGACCGACUCACGGAUCACUGCCUCACUAGAGUCUCAGCUGCUCCCCCCCACGCCCCCCUGCGCCGCCUCCCCCCUCCACAAGACACCUGAUUUAUUUGAAAUCAUAGCGAGGAUUCAGGGAAACAGGAUGGAUGAACAGAGGAGCUGCCUCCCUCCUCCACUCAAGACUGAAGAGGAUUACAUUCCGUAUCCGAGCGUCCAUGAGGUGCUGGGCAGAAAGAGCCCGUUUCCUCUCAUCCUCCUGCCUCAGUUUGGAGGAUACUGGAUCGAAGGGACCAAUCAUGAAGUCGCAGAUGGUUUGGAGUCGGAGCAGGUGCCGCCGCUGUCUCCGACCACGAGAACCAAACUGGAAUGUAACAGCACGGCCACAAUCUACCGCAAACACUACCUGGGAAAGGAACACUUUAAUUAUUACUCAGUGGACGGGGCUCUUGGACAUCUGAUCUUCUCACUAAAAUACGACGAGAUCGGAGACCAGGAACAUCUACGGCUGAUGCUCAGGACCAAACUGAAAACGCAUCACGACGUCAUCCCCAUCUCCUGCCUCACCGAGUUCCCCAACGUCGUCCAGAUGGCGAAGCUCGUGUGUGAGGAGGUGAACGUGGAUCGAUUUUUCCCGGUGCUUUACCCCAAAGCGUCUCGUCUCAUCGUGACGUUUGACGAACACGUGAUCAGCAACAACUUCAAGUUUGGAAUCAUCUACCAGAAGUUUGGACAGACGACGGAAGAGGAGCUUUUUGGAAACACACACGAGAGCGCAGCGUUUGUCGAGUUUCUUCAGUUUCUGGGGGAGAAAAUCGAGCUGCAGAACUUUAAAGGUUUCCGCGGCGGGCUGGACGUCACCCACGGGCAAACUGGCACCGAAUCCAUCUACUGCAACUACGGCAACAAGGAAGUGAUGUUCCACGUGUCGACCAAGCUCCCGUACACGGAAGGAGACACGCAGCAGCUCCAGAGGAAGAGGCACAUAGGGAACGACAUCGUGGCCAUCGUGUUCCAGGAGGAGAACACGCCGUUUGUUCCGGACAUGAUCGCCUCAAACUUCCUUCACGCGUACGUGGUGGUGCAGGCGGUCGACCCCUGCACGGACCACGUCUUAUAUAAGGUGUCAGUGACGGCGAGAGACGACGUCCCGUUCUUUGGCCCCGCCCUCCCAAACCCUGCGGUGUUUAGUAAAGGGCCUGAAUUCCAUGAAUUCCUCUUCACUAAGUUGAUAAAUGCAGAAUAUGCUUGUUACAAAGCAGAGAAGUUUUCAAAAUUAGAGGAGCGGACUCGCUCGGCGCUCUUGGAGACCCUGUACGAGGAGCUUCACGUGAACAGUCAGGCCAUGAUGGGCGUGGGGGGGGACGAGGACAAGCUGGAGAACGGGAGUGGGGGAGGAGGGGGCUUCUUUGAGUCUUUUAAGCGGGUGAUCCGCAGCAGGAGCCAGUCCAUGGACGCCGUGGGUCUGGCGUUCAAGAGGCCGCACACAGUCUCCACUAGUCUCAGCGGCAGCUUUAACCACAGUCCCUCAGACAGCCCCAAAUUCCCAGGGAUAUCGUUGCUUGUCCCAGGCAAAAGUCCCAGUAAAUAUGGACGUCGAGGCAGUGCCAUAGGGAUAGGAACAGUAGAAGAGUCGUUGAUAAUCCCAGGAAAAAGUCCAACCAGGAAAAAGUCUGGUCCCUUUAGUUCCAGACGCAGCAGUGCCAUCGGGAUAGAAAAUAUUCAGGAAGUCCAAGAGCGAAGCAGAGACAAUUCUCCGCACAUGCAGAAGACUCCAGACAGCGGCCACGUCUCACAGGAUCCUAAAUCUGACAACUCGUCCAAUCAGAGCUCUCCGGAGGUGAACACGGCCAAGAACAGGGCUCCUUCCAUCGCUGAGGGUCACGACCUCUCUCGCUCCUCCUCCAACGCCAGCAGCUUCGCCAGCGUGGUGGAGGAGAACGAGACGGAGGUGACGGAGGACUACGACACCGGGAUGGAGAGUUUAUCCUCCGCCGGGACUCCGCACAAGCGAGACUCUCUGACCUGCGGCACGUGGCUGGACGACAGCGUCAGCAGCACGAGCACCACCAGCAGGGGGAGCUCUCCAGGACCCGGAAAAACGGACAGAGCGAAAGGAGCCGACAUCCGAAUCAAACUGGAGCGACCGCACGAGCAUCAGUCGUCUUCAAACUGUUAGUCCACAAAGAUUCUCCCUGGAUUUUCAUUCUCAGUCGUUCUGGGGCCCCAGACUCAGGAGGAACCGUUUACUCAAACAUGUUAUUUUCACUCUCUGCUCUUCUGUCUGUGGAUUCUCCUCAAUGUUAUUUUGAAACUUACAUUUUUGUUUUAAUAAGAAAAAUAAGAAAAAGAUUAUGAGCCAAGUUUGAGGAGCAGUGCCAGACACACACACACACACAGACACACACACCCCAACACAGACACACACACAUAUACACACACACAUACACACACAUAGAGACAUUAUUCCAAACACUGAAUAUGAGAUGAUAAUAAUAAUAAUAAUAAUAAUGAUAGAAACAUGGAUUUUCUCUAACACAAAUAUUUCAUAUAAAUAGUGUCUUCUGUGAUUACCAAACUAAUUAUUUUUUAAUUUAUUACUAAUGGAAUGGCCUUAAAACAUUCUAAAAGCAUGUUUAUAAUUUUAAUUUUUCACAUUUAAGCCAAAAAGUGGACCUCAGUGUUAAAACAGACAGUGAAUCUACAUUACAUCACAUUACAUCACAUUACAUCACAUUACGUCGCAUUACGUCGCAUUACAUCACUUUACACAUUACGUCACAUUACGUCGCAUUAUAUCACAUUACAUCACAUUACGUCGCAUUACGUCACAUUACGUCACAUUACGUCACAUUACGUCACAUUACAUCACAUUACGUCACAUUACAUCACAUUACGUCACAUUACGUCACAUUACGUCACAUUACGUCGCAUUACGUCGCAUUACAUCACUUUACACAUUACGUCACAUUACGUCGCAUUAUAUCACAUUACAUCACAUUACGUCGCAUUACGUCGCAUUACAUCACAUUACGUCACAUUACGUCGCAUUACAUCACAUUACGUCACAUUACAUCACAUUACGUCACAUUACAUCACAUUACGUCACAUUACGUCGCAUUACGUCGCAUUACAUCACUUUACACAUUACAUCACAUUACGUCACAUUACGUCGCAUUACGUCACAUUACGUCACAUUAUGUCACAUUAUGUCACAUUACAUCACAUUAUGUCACAUUACAUCACAUUAUGUCACAUUAUGUCACAUUACGUCACAUUACGUCACAUUAUGUCACAUUAUGUCACAUUACGUCACAUUACGUCACAUUAUGUGUGCUUUAUGCUACAAAAAAACAGAAGGAUCUGAUUUCAAUUAUUUGUUAUUCUUCAUGUUUAUUUAAUUAUGUGUUUUUAUUUAUUUGCUGAUUAGAAAUGGCAUUUAUGAUACACCUGGUACACUGCGUUCACAUUUGUCCUGGUUCAGUCCUGUUUUAGUCCUGGUUUAGUCCUGGGUAGGUCUUGGUGUAGUCCUGUUCUAUUCCUCUUUUAGUCCUGGUUUAAUCCUGAUUUAGACCUGUUUUAGUCCCUGUUUUAGUCCCUGUUUUAGUCCCUGUUUUAGUCCCUGGCCUAGUCUUGGUUUCGUUUUGGGUUUAGUUCUGGGUUAGUCCCAGGCUGGAUGUGGUUGUGCCGGUGUGAACUCACCCUGUGACUCAUGGGGAGCGCAGUGGGCAGCUUGUCGCCAUCUUAAACUGUGAGUGUUUUGAAGUAAUUUAUAAUGUAAAUGUUUGUUUGGUCUCAUGUCCUUCUGUGCAGUAACUCUACAUGUAACACUGUAAGAUGAACUACUGACGCUGUAAAUAAAGAUUUUUUAGUAGAGACGUUGUAUAGAUCACGGAGCUGGAACUGGACACUUCACACGGGUCUAAAACUGCCACGUUAUCCGUAUAUUUAUGUGACUUCUGUGUAUAUUUUGUCUUUGUCACUCUGCUAAAAGGGAACAGCUCUGAGGUUGUGAUUUCAGUUGCCUUAUUCUCACAUCCUGAUGGUGUAAAGAGAAAAAAAGAGAUUUACAAUGAAAUGAAUGUGUUGUUGGGUUUGUUGUAAAUAAAUAAAACAAUCUAUUGCACCUUG